AAAAAAUAAAAAAGAAAAACGAAUUAGGGCCAGGGCUUACCUUGCCAGAGCAGAGAGAGGGAAGGAGGCGCUGAGAGAGGGAGAGGGAAGGAGGCGCUGAGAGAGUUUGAAGGAGACGUUGGGUCAGAGCAGGAAUGGGAAAGAAGAAGAAGGUAAUCCUUCCGCCACAGCUUCCUCCGGAGAUCGCAGAUGAGGAGAUUGUAGUCUCCGACGAGGACCUUGAUUUCGUCAAGGCAAAUCGGGACUAUGCCGGCUUUCUCACCAAUCUCGACACGAAUUCCAUUACAAGGCACGUGGUUCGCGUCGCUGAUCAGAAAGAAGAUGCUUUGGAGUCUUUGUAUGAGAAACGGAACAAAAAGAUGGCGUUACAGAAACAGAUUGAGGAUGAAAAAGGGCUUCAAGUUGAUCCUGUCGAUGCCCUUCCUGUGAAGACAUUAGAUGGAAAACUGUAUUACAGAACAGCAAUUGCAGUCUCUAAGGAGUCUGAAAAUGUACCAAAGGAAGAUGAAGCUGCAGUUGAUGACAAGGAUAAAUUUACAGUAAGGCUCACAAAAGCAGAGCGGAGGAAAAAACUGAAGAAAGUUAAAAAGGAGGCAAAGAAGCAAGCAAAGGGAAAGGAGAAAGAUGAGGAAGAUGAGAAAGAUACUGUGCAGGAAAAUUUGCAAUCUGAAGUGCUGGCAGAAGUGAAAGAAGAUCUUUCAGCCGAAGAAGUGUUUCUAAAAAAGAAGAGUAAGCUGGCAGAGAUUGGAAUGGCCCUGCUGGCAGAUCCAGAGUCAAAUAUCAAAUUCCUGAAAGACCUUUUGCAGAUCUGUAAAGAUGAAGAUCAGAAUAUAGUCAAACUUGGGCUCCUGUCGCUGUUAGCCAUUUUCAAAGACAUCAUUCCUGGUUACCGUAUCAGGUUACCUACUGAGAAGGAGUUAGAGAUGACGGUUUCUAAGGAAGUAAAGAAGAUGCGGUACUAUGAAUCAACUCUCUUGCAGUCAUACAAGGCAUACUUGCAGAAGCUGAUAGUCUUAGAAAAGCACCCUUCUUUUCAGCACGUUGCUGUUCGUUGUAUGUGCAAUUUGCUUGAUGCAGUUCCCCAUUUCAACUUCCGGGAGAACUUGUUAGCCAGUGUUAUCAAGAAUAUAGGCACCUCAGAUGAUGUCGUAAGGAAACUAUGUUGUUCAUCUGUGAAAUCACUUUUCACGAACGAGGGUAAGCAUGGUGGUGAAGCAACUAUCGAGGCUGUUCAAUUAAUUGCAGACCAUGUGAAGAUUCAUGAUUGCCAGCUUCAUCCUGACUGUAUUGAGGUUUUCUUGUCUUUGUCAUUCGAUGAGGAUCUCGGGAAGCAUUCAUCGUUGAAGGAGGAGGAAAAAGUCAAACACAACAAUAAAAAGAGAAGGAAAAAUGACAAGGAGUCAAAACAAUUACAAAAUGGUGAUAGAAAGAAGAAUAAGCAGGAACUGCAGUCGAAAACAAGAGAAGAGGUCAAUGCAGAGUUUAUGGCUGCUUCCUUCGCUCUCGAUCCAGAGGAAAAAAGAAGGAUGCAAUCAGAAACACUUUCUUUUGUAUUUCAGACAUAUUUCCGUAUUUUGAAGCACACGAUGGAGCCGGCUGCUGCCAGGUCUAAGGUCAAUACAGUUUCUGAAUCUGGUGGAUCUGGGCAACACCCACUGCUCACUCCUUGCUUGAAUGGGUUGGGGAAGUUCUCGCACCUCAUCGAUUUAGAUUUUAUGGGCGAUCUUAUGAACUCCCUCAAGAGGCUUGCUGGUGGCGAUGCGAGCUGCGACACUCUUUCGCCUGAAAAUCAUUUAACUGUUUCUGAACGUCUCCAGUGCUGCAUAGUUGCAUUUAAAGUGAUGCGGAACAAUCUCGAUGCAUUGAAUGUUGAUCUACAAGAUUUCUUUAUUCAGCUUUACAAUCUGUUGCUUGAGUACAGGCCUGACAGAGGUCAGGGUGAAGUAUUAGCCGAAGCUCUAAAGACGAUGUUGUGUGAGGGUAGACAACAUGACAUGCAAAGGGCUGCGGCUUUCAUUAAGCGUCUUGCUACCUUUGCCUUGUGCUUUUGUUCUGCAGAGGCUAUGACAGGCCUGGUCACAGUGAAGCAUCUACUCCAGAAGAAUAUCAAGUGCCGCAAUCUGUUAGAAAAUGAUGAUGGCGGUGGAUCGCUUUCAGGUUCAGUUGCGAAAUAUCAGCCCGAUGCGUCAGAUCCGAAUCUAAGUGGUGCACUCGCUUCGGUUCUCUGGGAACUAAGCCUACUCUCAAAGCAUUAUCACCCGGUGGUGUCGUCCAUGGCUUCAAGCAUUUCGAGCAUGAGCACCUCUCAUAAUCAGGUCUAUCUCUCCACCACCUCUCCUAAACAAGCUUUCACCGAGUUGUCAAUCGAGCGGGAAUCCUUCAACCCAUCUGGCAAUUUUGCCACUUCCAAUCGUAAAAUGAAGAGAGGAACUAGGUCUUUGGUUUCGAGUCACAACCAGAUUCAAGACGUGGAGGAUUUAAUAGAGGAAGAUGAGGUGAUGAAGAGGUUCUCUGAUCAUUUCGUUGUGCUUAGAGAUAUUGCAGAAAAUGAGAGGUUGAGGGGAGAAUUGAAUCUUACAUUGGCAUCCUUGAAUAUGUACGCGGAAUACAAGAAGCAAAAGAAGAGAAAAAAAGCAGUUUCAACGACAAUGAAGAAGGGGUUGAAGGUAUAGUGAUGUUUUCAAUGCCUAGUUCGAGUUUUGCAAAUUUAGGUGUUUUCUUUUUUUGAGCUGUUGAUUCUUUUGCGGUGACAUGCAAGCCAAGGACUGCUUAAUUAGGGUUUUGGAUUUUCUUUUUGUCGAAAAUCAGAUUUCGCAGGCCUCAUCCAAUGGUGUUUUGUAAGUGAGGCUUAGGGGUCGUUUGGAUGCCUAUGAAGUUUUUAAGUUGUAAACACUUUACACUUGAAAAGAAUAUUAGGUUAACAUGCUA